CUCACCCUCCAUAACAGCAAGAAGUUCAAAGAAACAAUGAAGUCUCUCCAGUUCCUUAGUGCUGAGGCGUUCGUGUCAGAUGCUGAGUUUGCAAGGAAGAAUCUUGGCAGUGUUGCCCAUAAUCUUUUUCCUCUUCUUUUUAAAGCCAGCUAUUUACUGGAGCAAACGGAAGUGAUUCAUGACUUGGUUGAGACCUGGCCACUUGCUGAUUUUAAUAUAGGAAAACUUCUGGGAACUACUGUGGACUACCAGGAAGAUCUGAGCCAUAGAAGAUGCUCAGUGUGCUUGGAGAGCUGUCUAACAGGGCUGAGAGACUAUGUGUUGAAUCAUCCUUCUCCCUGUGUGAAAAGGUUGAAAGUGGUGGACCUGACUGGUAUAAAGGAUGUCGAAGUUCAGCUUUGUGAAUGUAAGAAGACAAUGGGGAGGUGGGCCAGGACUAAGCUGCUCUCAAAGCUUUGUCUAGAAGUGCUGGUCCACCUGCAACAAACGCAAUGCAAGCCAUGUGCCUUUGAAAUCAGUAUUGAUGUGCUAAUAGACUUGUUUGUCACAGAACGCAACUAUGAGCUGGUAGUGCAGGCCCUGCUGCAGAAACGUUAUUGUCCACUGAAGAUCUGCUGUGUGGCAUUUAGAGCUGACAACCUGGCUUUGCAGAAGUUCUUCUACAUCAUAAAGCUCACUGAUCCUUCUUUGUUGCGCAAACUGGAAGUAGUUCACAAUGUUCGCUUGGAAAUGGAACACUUGGAAAUACUCUUCAACAGUAUUCACUUCCCUCUACUGAUGUCUUUGACCUUGCCAGCUCGCACAUUUAAUGUGCAGAGGCUCACAGCUACAGAUGAACUGAUGCUUACUACCAUUGGAAAAAAGAUGGGUGAAAUGACACAACUGACUGAGCUCAGUCUGGCAUUUUCUAUACUCACAGGAAGAAUACGGAAGCUGCUCAGCCCACUAAAAACUCCACUGAAGAUGCUGGAUGUUUCUAACUGCUCAUUGAACCAUGCUGAUAUGAUCUAUUUAGCCAAUAGUAUCCAUUCUUAUCACUUGGAAACACUGGACCUGAGCGGGCACAAUAUUACUGAACUUUAUCCAUCAACACUCUUUAAGCUUCUUAGCCAUUCCUCUCCAGUGCUUAGGAGUCUUGUCUUGGAGGACUGUAACAUCCAAGACACUCAUGUCAACAUGUUGAUCGCAGCAUUAAGCCCUUGUCAGAAACUGCAGGAGUUUAAGUUUCUUGGAAAUCCAUUGUCAUCCCAAGCACUUAAACACCUUUUCACAUUUCUCUGCGAGUUGCCAGUGCUGAAAAUUGUGGAGUUUCCAGUUCCAAAGGACUGCUACCCUAUUGACAUCACCUACCCAAUUGACGAUGCCAGUCUCUGCAGAUUUGAUCAUCAAAAAUAUGACAGUAUAGCAGAGGAGCUUAACUUCAUUUUACUCCAAGCAAAUCGGGAGGAUGUGAAAGCUUCAACUCCGCUCUUUGGCAGUUAUGAUGCAGCCGUUCAGGAGACAAAUGAUGAACUGGGAGCUUAUUUGAUCAAGUCCUUCAAAGAGACUUUAGAAAAGUUAACUACUUCUCUUAGCAAAAUGAGUUAAAUGUGUAACAUGUUUUCAGUGUUGGCCUGACAAUCUGGAACAGUGUCCUUCACUGAGCAGUCUUCAGUUUUCUUUAGUUUCUGGGCUGAAUUUAUGUUGUUUUAAUAGCUCAUGGUCAUCAGAGGUUUUUUAAACUAUCCUACUGCAUAAUAUUUAUGUAAAUACAGCUUGUUCUCAAAAGAGGGGAAAACCCUCAAUAGUUUAGUAUUUUACACAAAAAGCAUUUUGUUUCUUAGUAAAACAAGGUGUCUGAAAUUGGUUACUUUCUUCUACAGUUUUCUCCAGACUUGGGAGUGAGGCUUGCAACUAAACAGAAAAGACAAGAAAGUCUUUCCCCAGGUCCAGCAGGAUCCCUCAGUGACUGUAUAUUCUUGUACCGAGGGCCCCAGGCCUGGACGCAGCGCUGCAGAUGGGGCCUCACAAGAGCCGAGCAGAGGGGGACGAUCACCUCCCUCUCCCUGCUGGCCGCCCCUUUUUCAUGCAGCCCAGAACACAGCUGGCCUUCCGGGCUGCAGGCGCACACUGCUGCCUCAUGGCCAGCUGCUCAUCCACCAGGACCCCAAGUCCUUCUCCACAUGGCAAAUCGAAUGAUUGACUCAUAGCAGAGGAUUCCCCUUCACCUUGCUCCAGCAAUACAAAGUAAAUCUGGCAAAAUGUAUUUUACAAAGAAGUUCUGGCACAGUUCUGCACAGUUGUGCUUGUGAUAUCAACAGGCAAGCACCUCAAGAUGCUCCCUUUGUGGAAUUUGUGGUUUUGGCCAUUAGAAUAUACCCGGCUGCUCUCAGCUGUUUUUCAAAGAUAGCCUAGGAGAAUGGUAGUAAUACAAAAAUGAGUCGUGUGGAAAAAAAUGAAUCAAAAGACAGUUUAGAAUUGUGGAAAAGGGGUAGGGAAGGCUGCUAAAUAAGUACAUAACUUACAUUCUUCUUUUUAAUAUAUUUGAUCCAUGAAUGUAUGAUGGGAAGACUGCAAUGAAUCGACUUGAACAAUUUUUGUUUACAUAGUGCUAAAAAAAACCUAAAGGAAAUCAAAGUUGCCAAGCCAAACAUUCAUGGCAUAGAAAAAAGAAAAAAGUCUAGUUUAUAUUUGCACAAAGUUCCAGAUCAGCCCUUUUUCUUGCCUCCCUUUGACCUUUUGUAUGAGGACUGACAGCUGACCUAGGCAACUGACUACUACUCUUAACAUUUUCCUCCCUCUGAUCUUGCUGUUCUUUCUAUCCUGGUCUAGACUCAAGUUUUUUCAGCCAAACAUAGAUGGUUUGAAUUUUGUGAGACCGAAGACCUGCAUCUUUGGUGUGAGAAGCAGCAUAUUUUGUUGCUCAGGGAGAUUAUUCCCUUUAGAAUAGAUGUAAACCUACAGGUAGUAAUUUCUGCACACUGGCAGCAGCCUAGCUAAAAUACUGUGUCUGAAAGUGAAGACUGUUUUAGAAGCAUACUGUGCUCCAACAACCUGGCCCUGCCUAUUUCAAUGCACACAAAAUAGUUUGUUCAUAGAUUACUUCUUAUUUAGGAGUAUUUAUAUGCCUUAUGACUACUGCAGCUUUCUCACUGCUUUCUUCUUGCCAAAAAACAAUCCUGACCCACACUUCUGUUUACUUAUUUAUCACAAACUUCUCCCCAUUUUCCAUUUUCAAUAAUACGCACGCUGUGCUGUCCAUUUACGUCUGUAUGGGCCAAAAGGAUGUGGAGACACUGAAAAGUUUUAGUGCCCAUUCCACACUGAGGAUUAGUAGUUGUUAAGUCUUUUUCAAAUAUUCCCUUUUAGAAUGAACAAUGGGGGACACAGCAUUAAAGAAGUAAUGCACAUGCAUCACUACAUGCAGAGUGGUUACGAAUGGCUGACAUGUGGUUGGAGCACAUGGAUCCAUGUGUCCAUUAUCUUUGGAUCCUGUUUUUGUGAAGCCAUUUGCUCUGCAGCAUCAUUUUCAAGGCUUUGUGAGCUUCUACAUGGGCUGUUCCAAAAGUAAUGUCUCCUAUCUUAUUACAUUGGUCCACGACAUCAGAGGUGGAUGUUCAUGGUAUGGCAGUAGAGGUCAAACCUUCCCACAAAGAUUCCAUUAUAUUUCAUUGCAUUGCAACAGGUGACAAUAGAGGAGCAGUUUAACAAAAUUAUGACUGAUACAGAAGUGCAUAUGAAGAUAAGAAUUGGAACUUAGUUCCUUCAUGUGGGAAAAAUUGCAGUUGUUUACACUCAUUCAUUGACACUUGCUGAAUAUUUAUGUAAACCAAACUGUGGACAUUAGUACAAUAAAGCAGUGGGUGAUGUGUUUCAGCAGUGGCAUCAAGGACAUGACAGACAAGCCAUGUUCCAGAAGGCAAUGCGCAACUGUCACACCAUGAAAUGAAGUGUGUCUCAAUCAGCUAAUCCAUGCAAAUAGGUGGAUUAUGACCAGGAAACUGUAUAUGGAGCCGAAUAUUGGCUUCAGUGCAUUAGAAAUAAUGGUGGCAACACUGGGAUAUUGCAAAGUUUGCUCACAUGGGGAAAAAAAGAACACCAUAUGCAAAUUUGUCAGGACCUAUUGAACCAGUUACAGACUAAAGGUGACAGUUUCCUGGAAUGCAUCAUUACUGGUGACAAGAUGUGGUGUCACCACUACAAGCUGGAGUCAAAACGGCAGUCCAUGGAGUGGUGACAUGUGAAUUCUCCAUGGAAAGGAGCAUUUGAGAUGCAGUCCUCAGAGGGUAAAGUAACGUGUAAUGUCACUGGGGACAAAAAAGUGGUGAUCCUUUAGGAUUUCCUAGAACCUGGACAAACCACUUCUGACCACUUCAUCACAACGCGGACUAAGAUGAAGGCUCAAACUUGCAGUCAGGCCAGAGAUGCAUAAAAACUUUCUCUUGCAAUAUAAUAAUGUCAUGCUCCUUACCAGUUUGAAGACUAUGGAGCACACUGACUCUCUUGUUUGGACUUUCCUACCACACCCCCCUAAUAGUCCAGAUUUAGUGCCUUGUGAUUUCCAUCUUUUCAGAUUGGUGAAAGAUGUACUCCACCGGCAGCAUUUUCCUAGCAUAGCAUCUGUAAAACCUCUGCUGGUGCAGAUUUUUACGAGUUCUUGUUCACUGCUGGUGAUUAGGUUGAAAAAUAGUGUUCUGUAGCUGAGAAUUAGCUCAAUCAAGUAGUACUAUGCUGCUCUCUGUAUCAAUUGUAGUUUCCAUGGAAAUAAAUAGGAGGCAUUUUUUUCAGAGCAGCGACAUGAAAUGCAUUCUGAUAGGACCGAAGCAAAAUUUUUAUUGUUUACAGUUACGUGGUAAAGUUGUAGUCUAUGACGUGUAGUAUUAACUAAAAUACCUGCUUUGGUAGUGUAGAAACCAAAAGGCAGAACUUCAACAACUGUGAGACCCUGCUAAUCUGAUUUCCACCAUUAUGGAAUGGAGUCAGUUUUGGCUUUGUUUUGUUUGCUGUUUGUUUUGGUUUGGUUGUUUUUUUAAAUUUUGUUUUGUUAAAUUUUGUUUGUCCCUUUACAGCCAAAUUUUUUCCAAAUGUUGAAAAGCUUCUACUUUUGCUUUGAUAACAGUUGCUUCUUUGCAAAAAUCCCAUCUGUAGCUCUCAGGCAUUUAACUUUCAGUUCUUCAGUUUCUUCCUUAAUUAUGGUUAUUAGUGAUGCCUUUAAAUACAAGCCAAGACGUACAUUUUCUUGCUGACCAGGCUUACUGUAAUAAGAAGGUGUGCUCUCUCCCAGAAGGAUUCCUGUGUAUCUCCUGUUCAGGAACUGCUAUUUAUAUUCUGUGUCUGGUCUUUCUUCCUCUUGCCAUGUGUGGGACUUCGCAUUUUGUUGUUACAGUAGAAGCUCCAGUGCAACAGCUACCUAAGUAUUAAAGGUUAUCCUGUGCAGGAGUAGACAGGUAUCAGUUUAGUCCAUCUCCUCCCAAAGGACAAUCUUUCUAUGUUGCACCAACCUGGAGCCUUGUAGUCGGUAUUGCUAGCUAUGGAUAUUUUAAAUUAUGGAACAGGACUCAAAAUGCUAUGAGAUUUUUAAAAUAAAUUUGUUUUGUUUUGUGUUGUUUUACUUCCAUGCUGUCAACUACAGGUUUAUAUGGUAAGCAAUUCUCAUAUUUAGAUUUAUUACUGAGCACAAAGUUCAAUAAAGAUAAAGGAUCAACUCCUUUUGCUGUUUUUGCAAAAGAUGAAAUUCUUAUGUUUGCAAAUUUUGAGCUGUCUUGGGCAGUAAAAUAAUGCAAUAUAGGACAAAAAUGUGUACAGUUUCACAAUACUGUGAUACUAAUGCUCCAGCAGCAUUUAUACUAAAUAAAAUAACAUUUCUAAAGUUGUGGUCACUCAACAGUUCCAAAUGCUUGCAAAUACCAAACACUAUGAAAUGCUGUAUGUGUAGAUUUAUUUUGACAAAAUCAGUGGAAGUUGUUAUAAAGAUCCUUCCCCUUUGUGCGGAAUUUUGUUUUCAGAAGCCCUUCAUGGCAGAACAGCCACACGCCAUGAAGAAUAGCUUCCAUUAUAGGUGAGAUGGCUGGCAAUUCCUUGGUAGCAAAGAAAUUUUCCCUUAUGAAUUAAUAUAAUGCUGGGGCAGGGACAGAGUACAGCUGCUGUAAGAAACAUAAGCUGUCUAUGUGUGUUGUGAUUUCAAGUGUGACUGGGCAAGGGGAUCUUUCUCCCCUUUGGGGGAAAAGAAAAGGAGAACACAGUCAAGAUAAGGAGAGAGAAUAAAUUUACUACAGAUGGUAGAAGAAUGUAAGAUAAUAAUAAGAAAGAUAGUUACUAUUAAUGACUCAAACGGGAGAGAGAGGAAGGCUACAGCUGUGCUGCUCACUGCACUGCUGAAAUCUGGAAGUGUCUCACCCCCAUCACCUAGAAUUGGGGAUCAUGUGGAGGCUCCUUGGGAACGUAGUACAUCUCAGUGUAGCUUCUUCUUGGAGAGUCAGAACUUACACGAGGCUGCUAAAAAAUCAAGAAGCACUGCUCUGCAGUGCACUGUGCCUCUGCACACAACAGCCUGUGGCAAGAUGUCAUGACAUGGAAUAUUGACAUAACCAGGACAGUGUGUGUAGGGAAACCAUGUACAGAACAGAGGAUUUUGAAGCAGAAUGGGAAAAUGGAAGAAAUAUUGGCUUUUAGGAAUGAACAACAGGUCUGAAAGAUUUUCACUGUUUCAGCAACAAAGCUGAAGCAAUUUUUUCUUCUGAGCAUCCUUGCUGCCUCUUUCUGAAAGGUUAUGUUGCAAUCAUUACCAUCUUCCUUACGGGAAUCAAGAUCAAAUAAAAGUGAAAGAUGGAAAAGAAGGUAAAGGUGGCAAUUAGCAAAGUAAGUUAUUAAAUAAUUGGUGACAAACUCUGAAGUAAUGGAUUGACACAUAGGCUAUGGUGCUGUAUCAGCCGUGCAAAGUAUUACUGUCUUCUGUAAUCCCAAAGACUCAUAUUGGCUUUUUUUAAUUUACCUGCCUUAACAGUUUCAGCUGUGCACAUUUCUCUUUAGUGCAACCACUUUCAGAAAUGGCAUGCUGCGUGAGAAAAGCUAUUCAUAUCCAAUUCUUUGGAGGAGUUUGGGAGCAAAGCCAACCCCCUUCCUGAAAGUCUUCCUUUGCUAUUACAUUUUAUCUGCCUUGGUGAAGAGCAUCUCUGCAGGUAGCAUAACUGCAAGACUGAACAACAGAGGACUGAAAACAGGAGGGUGCUACUGUGGCAAUGAAGAUAGUGCUCCCUUUAGAUGAGAUAAUAAAAUCAUACAUGCCAACAUAAAUGCUAGAAAGCUAUGGUUUGUUUUUUAAUUGAAACUACUGACUAAACAGAAUAGUUCAUAAGACAAAGCUUGCUCAACAGCCCCUACCUCGUUUGCUUUAGAACUCUGACUUCUGCCUCUACAAAGCAGGGAUCCACAAUUUUACCAAUUGACCACCCUUCAGAGGGUGAGGGAAACUACAUAGGGUUUCUAGGGUGAGGAUUCUAUAAAAUAGAGGAUCCAGGUGGGCUGAGAGUUUUGGAAAGGUGACAGAUUGCUGUUUUGCAGAAUCAGCCUUCCUCAGUCUCACAUAGUCUACAGUGAUAUGAGAUAAUCUGAAUAUGUUGUAGAUAGUGUGGGGAAGGAAACGUGGUUCUGUUAUAGGAAUUCAAAGAAGUAACAGGUCUGACAGAUGGAAGAAGUUCUCCAAAAGUGUGGGCUAGUUAACUUGGAGUUAACUAGGAUGGUUAACUCCAAGGAGACAGCUAAGCAAGACACAACUGCUCACUCAUCCUCUCCCCCAGUGGGAUGGGAGAGAAAACUGAGAUGGUAAAAGUGUGAGAACUUGUGGAGUAAGAUAAGGACAGUUUAAUUAGGUAAAGCAAAAUCUACGUACACAAGCAAAGUCAAACGAAGAUUCACUGUUUCCAAUUGGCAGGCUGAUGAUCAGCCAUUUUCAGGAAGUAGGGCUUCACCAUGCAUAAUAGAAAAUAGCCUUUUCCUUCACCCAGCUCUUAGGCUGAGCAUGACAUCAUGUGGUAUCAAAUACCUCUGUGGUCACCUGGAACCAGAUGUUCUGGCUGUGUCCCCUCCCAUCCUCUUGUGCAUCCCCAACCUACUUCUGCUGGAGCAUCAUGAGAAAUGGAGGCUUUGAUGCUCUGUAAGCACUGUUCAGCAAUGACUAAAGCAUCUGGAUAGAAACAGUAGAGCCAGUUUUGAAGAUUUUUAUGCAAAUUAAUUGUGAACUGAGUAAGUAUCAUGAGAGAAUGGUCGGUCACUGGAACACUGUCCCUCUCAGGACAGUGAACCAAGCUUGCUGGAGUUCAGGAAACAUUUGGGCAAUGCACUCAGAAAGAUGGCUUCAAUUUAUAACGGUCCUGUGUGGAGCCAGGAUUUGGACUCGAUGAUCCUUGUGGGUCUCUACCAACUCAAAUUAUUCUAUGAUAGUUACUUUUGUUCAUCAGUGUAUUAUCAACACUGUUUUGAUCAAAAUCCAAAAUGUAACACCAUACAAAUCACUGUUUAUUAUUUAAAUUAACUCUAUCCCAGUCAAAUCAGUACACACGGAAAAACCAACUGUGCAUUUGCAGAAGGAAGAAAAUGAACGAAAAUUAGGAGGGAGAAUGUAGUAAAAGAGUGAGAACAGGAAGAAGGUUAAGAACCGACAAAAAGUGAUGGAUUAGGAAGGGCAAGUGAAAGAGGAGAAAUGGCUUCUUGUCUCAUGAAAAAGACAUCUGGAAGUCUCUCAUCAUCCCUCCUACUCAAAUCAGAGCCUGCUUUCAAGUUAGAUUAGGUUCCUUAUUCUAGAUUCUAUGCUAGCUUUGAAUGCGUGUAGGAUUAAGGGCUGAAUAUCACAUCAAUGCAUUUCUAUUUUCCUAAACUUGAAGCAGUCUGUAAAGUGAACAUAGUCACUAGGUUUGCUUGUCAGCUUCAUAGCUGUAUUAAGAGAAUGCUGAGAACUGAAUAACAGUGUACUCUGCAUUUGGCCACACAGCUUCUGGAGGUGCCAUUCAUGUAGUUCAGUCUCCUGUGACAAGUUGUGCCUAACUUAGAAACAGCUUGCUUCUGAUUUCCUCUUAAGAGGAGAGUUUAAACCUCCUAAUUCCUGACACUUUUUUAUUCUCCAUUUCAUAGCUGCAAGCUGAUAACUCUGUUUCACUGUACAAAAGUUUUCACCCAGUUUGCUAUCUGCUGUCAGUUUAUCAUACCUCCAUUCCCCACGGCAACCAAAAGACAGGCAUGACUUCCAAAGGCUGAUAAUUUUGAUUCAAUAACACUCUUUUAGUGCAAUAUUUCAAUGUGGUAUCUCACAUAUGUAGAUAUCUACGAAAGUAAUGUCUCCUCUAUUUACAUGGAAACUACAAUAGGUACAAAGAGCACAAUAACAUCAUUCAAUAGAGAAAAUUCUCUGCUACAAAGCAAUGCUUUUCAACACAGCCAUCACCAUUAUUCAUUUUGCACUUAUGAGCUGAUUGAGACACUCUUCAUUUCAUGGUGUGACAGCUGUGUGUGGCCGUCUGGAUUGUGGUUUGUCUUUCACAUCGCUGUCACCGCUGCUGAAAUGCACCAUCCACUGCCUCAAUGCACUAACAUCCAGCAAGGGGCUCCUUGUGCCCCUUCAGCCUUCCUUUCUGCCCUGACAGUACAAGGAAUUGAAAUGUUCUUGGCCCUGUGCAGCACUGCUCAGAAGCAACUAAAACAUUGGUGCAUUAUCAACAUCUUUUCUCCCAAAGCCAGAACUUAUCAUGAUAUCAGACUUUCUGCAGGGCUCAUUAAUUUUGAAAAAGUAAGAAAAUACUCCUUCUAAAACAUGUGUGGAGUGAAGAAUCGGCACUUUAGCAUCCUCACUCCACUCAAACUACCUGGCAACCUGACAGAUACAACUAUUGGUUUUUAUUGAGGAGAUUUUCAGGAAAGAUCCACAGAAAAGAGACCAUUGUUAGAACAUUUUUCUUUUAUGGUUCUGUAAGAUCAAAGCUUCCUAAAAAUCUCUGUGAAUUAAUUAAAGGUGUGAUUAAACUAGAUAUGAGAAAAAAUUAAACCCAACAGCUCUUCUCUUCAACAGAAAUUCAUCCAAAUAGACAUUUUCCUAAAAUAUUCUCACAGUUGAAUUUUUUUUAAUAACAUUGUUUUACUCUAAUGGAGAUAGAAUUGCGAUACCACAGCACAGUUUUAGUUUUUUUAGCUAUGUCACAGAGAAGCUAGAACAAACUGUUCUGCAGGGGAAGGCAAGACAGGAGCCAAAGUGAUCACAACACAAGCAGUGAUCUUACUGCAUCUGAUCUAGUCAAUCAGAGUAGGGUACUAGUAACAGGGCCCAUUGACAGUUCUGGAAAAGUAAUUGCUCAGAUCCAGGGUCCAUUCAGGGGGUCCAGUCAGAAACAGGAGUCAGAGCCAGUGAGAGAGCUACAGUGUAGGUCCUAGAGUCCAACCAGAAGACAAACUACCAUUAAGGUAGGUCCAAAGCCAGCUCAGGUGGCAGUAGCACCAGAGAUGGGCAGUCACACUUGUAGCAUAUAUCAUAGAUUGAAAUGUUUGCUCUGAUCUUCAAUAGAGUUCCUGGCACAACAAGGAGAGAGAAUGUGCAGAGGUUCCUGAUGAGGCUUCUUACAAUGAUCAAUUGAUAUGCUUAAUAUCCUAAUAGUCUGCUACCUUUUUUUUUCUUUUCUUUCUUUUUUUCAUCAAAAUGAAGGCAAACUAAUCUAAGAAAAUAACAACUCAGAAGUUAAAGAACUUGGCAGUAUUGUUUUUACACCCAUAUUAAGAGUGUCAGAAUCUGCUUCUUAGCUGUGGUUUGGGCUUCAGUGUUAUGGAGGAAAUGAAGAGCUGAUCUUGACUGCCCUUCUUUGCCUAGAUGUUAUCAUGUUGUGACUAGAAAUAAAUUAUCUGAGAGAUUAAUGCAUAAGACUGUUUUUCAAAAAACUUCUGGUAAGGCACAUUUGUAUAAAUUUAUCAGUAUGUGUAAACGCUGUCCAUACUAUUACAUUUAUUACUAGUUUCAUCUCUCUUAUUUUCUUUUGUAACUACUCAUUUUGACUUCAUAAAUAUGAGCUGUUGUCACUGUAAGAAAUGAUAAAAUAAAAACACAGAUCUCAUUUUUUGCUUUAAUCACCUCAAUAUUGUACGCAAUUUUACAGUGUUACAGUUAUCUUGUAAUUUCUUCAUAUAUUCAGCUUUAUUUCACACCAUGCUGAGUGCUCGUUGUCACAUAGAAGGAAUGAGAAAAUUGAGGUCAAAUUAACAAGGGGAUAAUGAAUCCCUGAGAAAAUGUUACUGAGGAGUUGCCAAGAAUGAGGCAAAUGAACAUCUGCACUGGAUUAUAAUGCUCCAGGAAAUCUAAAACGAGUCUAUGCUAAAAGAACACUGUUAAUCUUACUUGGUUUCUUUCCAUUUCUUCUUUGUUUAUACUUUCUUGGAUCCAAGGAAACACCAGUUUCUUUAUUUGUACCAUGACUGUCCAGAUGUGCAAACAAGUGCUUGUAAAAUGCCAUUUUUAUAUAUGCUAAAAUCAGGACUAGUAGCAACAAUGAAAAAUAAUGCAAAGCUUCAGUUAUUUUUUUUGAGAAGUCACCUUUGUAGAUGCAAGCCUCAAUUAUGCUCAGUCGUAACAGCUAAUAUAACCUGGAAAUGAUUCAUUUAGUGCCCUCUCUCUUGCUGUUUUUAGCACUUCAAAGGAGAAAAUUACUGAGUAACAGAGUAGAAGUUCUGUGAUCAGCAUGCAUCUUGGUCUGAGGAAGAACUUCACGCAUUUGCACAGAGCCUGUGUUGGUUGCAAAUUAGUCACACGACGCUUAAUGCGCUAAGUUUUACAUUAAAAAAUUUGACUAUUUUCUGCUUUUUGCAACUGCACCUGUGGUCCAAAAAUCACAUGAAGAUUUUACUGUCACAAAGUAAAUCCUUGAUCCCACUUAUUCUGAGUUGGGACACUUCUCAUUCGGCUUUCGUUGCCAUCAGAGUUGUAAUUUGUUAACACAUACUGCUUGGUUCCUUCAGUAUAACACCAAAAAUAGAAGCUGGGCAGGAUAAAAGUCAGUAAAACUGGCACUUUGUUACUCUAAUUAGCAAAUUUGACUGUUAAGCACAUGUCCUGUUUUAUUUUUUGCUUCUCUCCAAGAAGCAGAAUAUUCUGGACACUGAGUUAAAAACAGAAAGAAUGAGAGAAGCUACAAAUAACUGCUAUAUUUUAUUUCUGCAAAUGAAAAAUCUAAGUUCUGCUUUUUCUCCUUUUUCUUGAAAGAAACACUUAGAAAUUCAGCUUUAGCUCACUUGGCUACACAACACUUUGAAAAACCUAGCUUUUCUGGAUGUGUUACAAGUAAGAAAUUAAUGUCCAAAGUCUUGAGGAGUGAUUGUCAAUAUCAAUAUAUUUUAUCAAUAUAUUAGCUUCCAACUACAGUAAGUAGCAGAGUGGGUAUCACAGACACUAUGCUGGUAAAUGUAAUUCUGUAUCUUAGAUUUGUUUCAGCUUUCCUGUUCAUUCAGUUCUGUCACACACUUCAAGCUUCUACCUGUGCAUAUUUAGUUUAAAACUGAUAGAAAUAAAAGACAGAAAAUGAAUGGUAGUUGGUAUUUUUUUUCAUCUGAGAGCUGACUAAAUUUCUAGAAGGCUUUGGGGAUGUGCUGUACUCUUGCUGAGGAGAACUGCUUGUUGAAGUGCUUAAGUCCAUAAGGAGUUUAUGCUUUGUUACGCUUUGACUAACUAGCUGCUACCACUUCCUAUCCAGGUUGUCUGGCCGUAGCGUUUGUUGUAUUAAAAGCUUAACACACUUGGACAAAAGCAUCGUGAUCUGAAGACAGAAAUGGUAUCUUCUUGUAGACAGUCAAACUGGGUAAAGUUGGUGUAAAUUUGUGGGACAUCAAGGACAAGUCUACUUUUUCUGGAAAUAGUAGUUCAUUUAACAAUAGGUCAGCUCUGGUUAUACGCUUUGUCUUAAUCCGUGUGAAUCCUUCUAGAAGUGUUGAACCAUUCUUAUCAGUGUGUCAGAAAAUAAGUGUUUGUUUGGGUUGUGAAGGAAGGGAAGGAUAUGGUUGGUUUCUUUUUAGUUUUGAAUAGUUUUCUGUCACACAUUGUUGGGUGGGCAUGUUUGCAUGCUGAACAAUUCUUCCUAAAAUAAAAACAAAGAAUAAAAAGUCACGCUUGCUACAGUUACACUUACUAAAUUUUGGAAAAAGAGUCAAGUACCAGAGAAAUGCAUUUAUUUCUAUCUCAUAACUAUAUGGUAGCUAUCCUUUAACAGCCACAGCAGGCUCCUGCUGGCACUAUGUGUUUCAUUUUUGUGGUACUUAAGUGCUUUGCUUUUCUUCUUCUCCCUGCUCCAUUAUUUGUAGGCUAUAUGUCCUGUGGGUCAGCUUUAUUAUUUUAACAUGUGCUGCCUCACCCUCUUCUGGAUGAAAAUCUGUUCAGUAACUGGCAUUCCAGAGACCUCAGCCAGAAAAUGAUCUGAAGAUAAAAGUCACACCUGCAGUUGUGGACACAGGCAACACAGAAAACAGAAUUUACUCAAGCAAAGAGAGGAAGAGCAGUUCAUAAAACUGCAUGAAAGCAGGAUGCAAUUCAGAAAGCAUUUUCAGAAUAUAUACCAAUAUAUUUUGAAUAUAUUGGAACAGACCUACCUGAAUAAGAGUAAAGAAUAUGUUUAUCUGCUAAAUCAUGGCACCAGAAUAAAGUUAAUUUACUGUUCUUAGUUUUUGAAUUUUUUAAAAAAUAAUAGUCAAAAUAUUUUUUUUUCUCAGUGACAGAUUAUACAUCACUUCUGUUUCUGGUCUUUGCAGUAGAAAUUUACUCAAAAUUCAGGUACUGUGUUUUAGAAUCUCUCUAACACUAAGCUUUUGCUAAAUAGUAAGAUAAUAAAUUUUAUUUUUAUUCUUUGGUUUUCUAUUUCCGUAUGACUUAAAUUGUCUCAUUAAUGGCUACCAACUAAGGAGGGACAACCACACCUAUCCUUCUACUUGUGCCAGACACCAAAGCCACAAAAAAUUUAUUUAACUAUGAAAGAUGCUCUGUAUUAUUUUUCUGCUGCUCUUUCUUUUUGCUCUAACUCCUCUGCAAACAGUAGAAUGCCUUUCUAUAGUGUGUCCCAGGCUGCAACAUAAUGUCAUGAAUAAACACAUUUUUCAUUUGAGUAUUGAGAUGCACUUGGUAGGUGAUAGGUAUGCUAUACCAACCGUGGGCCACUAACCAGCUGCACGCCAGUAACUGACUGCAACCAGGUUCCCAUCUACACAUGUCCCCAGGUGAAGGCUAACCCUGUUGCUUUGUUAUGCAUCCUGUACAGUAAAAGAUUUGACUGGUUUGCCUUUUGCCUGUUCUCAGUAUACCUUUUGACUACUGUUAGCAAGCUUAACUCAUGCCAUUCAAGCUUUUGUUUCCAUUCCCGACUGCCCAGCCCUGUUAUCUCUUCAAUCCAGUUAUAUGUUGGCAUCCAGGCAGAGAAAUAAAACUGAAGAAGUUCCCCUCCCCCAGAAGAGGUGCAUUCAGCUCACCAUACCAGAAUUCAGGCUGCACUCUAGGGAAGAUCUCCCUAGAUCUUUCAAGGAUUACUUGUUUUCCUUGCACUCAGAGCAGUGCAUCCAGAUGGAUAGAAUCUCUCACAGGGAUGUAAUUGCAGUGAACAGUAACCAUUGAAACAGCCAUGUCCCUCUUUCAUACUUUAUGUUUCCUUCCACGUAUUUGCCAUUAUUGCCCUUAAAAUCCUGUGCUACAUAACUGCUAGUUGAAGUUGCUUUAGAAACCCAUUCACUCAUUCCUUGCAACUGGAGACUGCUUGAUAGUCAGAGCUAGAACAGAAUCAUAGAAUGGCUUGAGUUGGAAGGGACCACGAGGAUCAUCAAGUUCCAUCACACCUGCUGGAGUCUGGAUUGCCAAUUGCUAGAUCAAAUACUAGAUCUUGUUGCCCAGGGCCCCAUCCAGCCUGGUCUUGAACACCUCCAGGGUCUGGGUAACCACAAUUCCUCUGGGCAACUCACCACCCUCUCAUAAUUCCACCAUUGAUGUAAUUGAUAAAGAUGCUAAAGAGUGCCAGUCUGAAGACAGACGCCUGGGAGACACUACUUGUCACCAACCUCCAUCUUGAAACAAAGCCAUAGAAAACCACCUUCUGGCUAUGACCUUCCAACUGAUUCCUUAUCCGCCAAAUAGUCCACCCUUCAAAUUCAUGCCUCUCCAAUACAGAGAUUACGGUGUGAUGUGGGAACCACAUCAAUAGCCUUGCGGAAGUCCACAUAGAUAAAAUCAGUUGCCUUCCCUUUGUCCACCAGUGCUGUCACUCCAUCAUAGAAGGCCAUAAAUUAGGUCAGACACGACCUUCACAUGGUGUAGCCAUGCUGGUUGUUUCAAAUCACCUGCUUAUCCCUCAUGUACCUUAACAUGUCUUCUAGGAGACAUAUUUUGUAUGAGAUCUGUUUCAUAAUGUUCCCAGGCACAGAAAUGAGGCUCACCAGCCUGUAGCUCCCCAGGUCCUCCUUCCUCACUUUCUUGUUAAUCUUGUUAAAGGGAGUGAUGUUUCCCUUUUUCCAUUCAUCAGGGGGUUUACCUGACAGCCACAACUUUUCAAAUAUGAUGGUGAGUAUCUUGGCAACCACAUCAGCCAGCUCCCUUAGGACCCUUGGAUGCAUAUAGUCCAGCCCCAUAGACACAUUCAGUCCCAUGAGGCGGUCUCAUGAGACUUGCACUGCCCCUACAGUCGUGGGCAGUUUGCUCCCUGAGUACUGACCAAGAGUUUCUGGGAUGUGAGAAAUAGGAGAAUCCUGGCAGCCAGUGAAGACUGAGGCAAAGAACUCACUGAGUACCUUUCCCCGAUUUCUUACUCUAAGGGAUGCACCAAUCUUAAGCUCAGAAAUGGUGUUAAAGUGUUAACUAGCUCUUAUGGGCACCAUCAAUUUUUAACACCCUAGCCCAUGGGAUACAUCCAAGCCUUUGAAGAGGUCAAAGUUAGCUCUCCUGAAGUCCAGGCUAGCAAUCCUACUUAUUGCUUUACUUCUGCUACACAAGAUUCUGAAUUCCACCAUCUCAUGACCACUGCAUCCCAAGCUGCCUCCACCCUUCACAUCCCUGACUAGCCCUUCCUUGCCAGUAAGAACAAUGCUAAGUAGCACACCCCUCCUCAUCAGCUUCUCUACCACUUCUGUCAGAAAGUUAUCUUCAACGUAUCGCAGUAACCUUCUGGACCAUGAAUGCCUAGCCACGUUGCUUAUCCUACAAAUAUCAGAAUGAUUCAAUUCCCCCAUAAGAACCAAUGCUUGGGUUUGCAAGACUACUUCCAGCUGUUUGUAGAAGGCCACAUCAACUUCAUCCUCCUGAUCAGGUGGCCUGUAGUGCACAUCCACAACAAGUGUCACCUAUGUUAGCCUGCCCCAUAAUUCUUACCCCCAAGCUCCACUCAUCCAUGAUUCACCCCCAUGUGCUGCUCAUCACAUUCUAAUUGCUCUCCCAUAAAGAGCAACUCUAACACCUCACCUCACCAGCCUGUCAUUCCUACAGAGGAUUUAGCCAUCUAUUACAGCAUCUCAGUCAUGUGAACUGUCCCACCACGUCUCCAGAUCCCCUCAGCCAGUAAUUUACUUGACCUAUUGUAUGGGAACUGCUGAAUCAUGGCCUGAACCUCUGAUUGAUCACCAGAGGCAAGCAAUGAGUCAGCCAUGGGAGCACAGGUGAAGGCAAUUCACCUCAAUGAAGGAUCUCUUCUGGAGAUCUGUUCUGCUGGAGUUUCAUAAGCAAGCCCAGUGUAAGGAGGGAAGAAAAAAGCUAAUCGUACAAAGUUACCUCUCAAGAGUAAAUUAUUAGGCUUAUGAUAUUCCGUGAAAACUUCAUCUCAACUGCAGUCAAGAAAGUAAAGCUGUUGUUAUCAGGAGGGAACACUGCUAUGUUCGGAUCCUCUGAUCAAUCCUGAGAUUGUUUGCGUCUGUGCAAUCAUGAUUACUCCAUCUCCACCAAAGAUCAAAAAUGAUGUACUGGAACAGAAGGAACUGUGAAGAAGGCAAAAAAGGUGACUGGCGGUAUUAGAAUGGCUGCAGUAGAAGAAAUGACCAAGAAAGUUUGUAGUUUCUUGCUGCACAGAAAGCAAACAAUUGAAAGAGGCACAGGAAAGAAGUUUCUGAAAGCACAAAGAGCAUAAAGAAAAGAGAAGUGACAGUGAACAGGCAAUCCCUUGUUAAUACUAAAAACUGGGGGCAUCAAAGAACAUCAGCAGGGCUGAAGUUUGAAACAGGACAGAGGGGACUUCUUCAUGAAAGGCGUAACUGAGCAGUGGGCCUCCUUGUGGCUGGAUAUUGUGAAUGUCAGACGUUUAUUUACCUGUGCUCUGGGCCAAAGAAAAACCCUUUGUUCUGUCUAGCACAGCUCUUGAUUCCCUGGAGCCUUGGUGCAUACUGCUUCUCUAAUGCUAUUCCUACCAGAGAAUAUUCUCAUGCUUCCUUAGUCUUAUGAAUAUAGAGGCUGAAAGUGUGCAGCUAAAAAGUUUGUGUUGCAGAGUGAGGAGGAAAAGCUGAACUGCUGAACAGAGAGAUGACCAGAAAUGUAAGAACACCCAGCCCGACAAACUCAGUGAACAAGUGAGAACUGCAAGAGUAGAAUUGUAGUCUUCCAUUUCAAAUGUUAAGGAAUGCAAACAGUU